AUGUCUUCUCCCUCUCGUAAGAAGAUUUCGCCGCACCCGCCAAGUGCCUCGCUUCAAAAGACUGCUACUCCCAAGGUCUCAAAGGAAGGAAGCCCUUCUGCUUCGGGCCCUACAGAUGUCAAGCCAUCUCCUCCUCCCAAGGAUGUGUCUCAGCCGACCGGUUCAGAGUCUUCCAAGAAAGAGAACUGUAUGCACUCAACCCAAAACUCAUCCUCCACCUCCCCCCAGCCAACCACUUACACCUACUUCAUGAAUACAGACAAGGAACCCGAGCAUCAAGAGUCCCUGAAUGAGACCGUUCCAGCCCCCAAGCCAAAGACCAAGCCCACCAAGCCCACCAAAGAACAAGAAACCGAAAGAACAGUCCGCUACGUCAAAGCCUUCCUCGACAACCAGCAUGACAAGCACAUCAUCUCCCUCCCAUCCAUCAAGCUGAAAGACCACACCAACUUCCGCGAGUGGCGCGCCAACGUGGAGCUGCGGCUCCGCAUGCACCAGGUGUGGUAUCUUUUCGAAGCUUGCACUUACUAUCAAGACAACAGCCGGAUUAAGCCCCUUGACAAAGACCACGAGCUGUACGUGUGGUAUGAGCGAAUGGUUGAUGUGGCUAUCUCGAUUAUUUUCGUCAGUGUCUCUCCUGAGAUCCGGAAGCAUUCGUGCUUCCUGAGAGCGAUUGAGUUUCAUAGCGUGGAUGACCCGAUGCUGUGUCUUAUGAGUCACUAUGAUCGCGCCCCCGAGGACAUUUCGGAUAUUGAGGACUUGCAUCUCUAG